AUUCUAAGAAUCACUCCUUCUCUUUCAAGGUCGCCCCUGGCUUCCUCAUUCCUCUCCUUCGCCAUGACUGCCCUCCCAUCCUUCGUUGAGCUCAUGGCCACUCUCGGCCUUGACAACAACACAGUGUCCACUGACAAGCGUCCGCAACCUACCUCGUUUCCUCACCAUUCCCGCUCUUCUUCAUAUUCCUCCACAAGUUCUGCCGGUUCUCGUUCUUCAAGCAAUGUAACACCAUCUCAUUCCAAUAUUUAUACCGAGCCUCCUCCGGCCAUUUACAUAUCUCGCCACCGCAACUCAUCCAAUGCUUCUGAUCGAGAUGGAGAGUUAGAGGCAAGGCGCCAGAGGACGAGAUAUUCUCCUUAUUCUCCUCCAAUUUCACAUGCGAGACGCGGUAGUAUGCCAGUAGUCCCAUGUGAUGAGGAACCUCAUGAACAACCGUCUCGAGCAUAUUCCACCUCGCCUUCGCCUCUCCUGAAACCACGAAGUGUAGGACGUCGAUCGUCCGCCCUCGGCCUAACCUCGUCUUCGAAGCGUCCAGAAAAGUUGGUGCUUGCCGAUCCAGAACUUAUGGGCAACACCCCAAUUUCGACCUUUGUGCGAAGGCGAACACCUCAGGCAUCACCCAUCUCGCCGACAUUCCCGCAUCGUUCUCGACGAGCCGCAAGUACUUCAGUACCUGUGUCGCUCCCCAAACUGCCCACCUUCAUCUUCCCGGCACCUCAGUAUACACCCAGUUCACAGUCUUCCGAUACCGAAGACGACGACAUGGGUCUCAAUACGGAUGAUCCAGUCCAUUUGGGACCAUCCCGCGAGGUAUAUGCUGUAGGUGCUUUGCGCUCUUUGCGCCACAGCGAUUCCAAUAUCCCCAUACGCCGCUCUCCUGCCCUCGAAGCUCAUGUGGGACAACCGAUUACCCCCGUUGCUUGAUUUAUUGUUAUUAUCCUGCAUCUGUACCUUUUACUUCAACAAUUGACUGUAUUUGUUCUCGGACUUUUCUUGUAUGCACAUUAUCCCCGUGCUUCUGCUGUAGUAAACAGACACCACACCCGUUCCCUCUCUCCUUUUGGGGCUUUCUGACUGGACACUCGUUCUUCAGUUAUCAACUCUGUUUGCUUCGACUCUUUUGUGCCCUUUCAACACACGCUCCCUCCCCGGGCGGUUUAUCCCGCCAUUGUCCAUUUCAGCACCCAUCACAGAUGUCAUUCUCUGCAUCAUAUUGUUAGAGUCACACAGUCCUUUACGUAGCAACAAACACACUUGUGUCUAUUGACGGCAUCCUGCUAUAAAUUUGAUACAUUGUCGUGCCUAGCAUAUCAA